AUGUUCCGCUGUGAGGAGGCGACGUUUUACGUUGGUGUAGCCCUUCUCUGUGGCGUGGUGGCUGUCUUUGCCGUGAGUCGUGCCUUCCUCUAUGCGCUCGGUGUCCUUGUUAGCCACGUGGUGAGGAGUGGCUGCUUUCCGCCCUCAGUGGAGCGUAGCGUGUGCGCGGCGGCACUGAUCACCGCUGUUGUUCUCUUUGGCAAUGUCAGCGCCCUGCUAUCGUGGGUAGUGCUGCUCGCCACCGUCACCAGCGGUGCGCUCUGCUGGUCGCGAAGGAGUUUCCGCUGGAUCGGCGUGAGCAGCUUUGUGUUCUACUCCCUCGCCUUGAUGCAUGUGGUUGGCCCUGCAUUUGUGGAGGAGGUGAACCUGACCAGGCUGGAGGUGUCCGCACUCGUGCAGGGCCAACGAGUGCUGAUCCCUUCGCUGCACCCGCCACGCACUGCGGAUGCGUCACCCUUGUCACUGCCACCGUUGCCCGCUCUGCGCGUCUACUCAUACUAUGACAAAGUGAAGAUCGAGGGAAGUGCGUCGCCUCUGGUCACCUCAACGGUGUCGGCUGCGUCGCCCAGACUACCGCUGGAGCUGCCACCAUGGUGGACACACGGCGUGCGGGGAGUGAGUGUGUUCAACGGAAGCGUGAAGAAGUGCUCGCGGGGCGAUCGCAUCACGCAAGGCGCCGAGCUCCCUUUUCCCACGCACCACAUAAUCGCCAGCGGUGAUAGCACACAGCUGUUGCACUACACGCGUGACAUCGAUAUCACUGCAUCUGCCCUGGCGGGCAGUGACAGCAUCCAUUUGGUCGGCCGCCGUGGCGCCAUUCGGCACAGUCAUGUUUACUGUAUCAUUCCAGACAAAGGCGCCGACCCCAUGCCCCCGCCGGCGGCAACUGUGCCUUCGCUCGUGGAUGUGCGCUGUCUGCGGCUGCGGGACAGCAUCCUGCUGCGCAACGUCACCAUUCACUGGACUGCUUAUCCAUCGCUAUCGUCACCGCCACCAACGCUUGCAGAGGCGGAGCGCAGAGCGGACUCGUCGAGUAGCGCACCUUAUGCUUGGCGGUCGCUCCAUGUAGGCGUGGACUCUGCGCAGACAUGCGUGGAAGUGCAGGCUCAGCUGCAAGGCGAGCUUGGCAUGGCUGUUUCGUCGUCGCUAAUUGAGUGCGUCGACGAGGUAAACACGGCGAUGCUGCCGCCGUCGUUUGUCGCCAAGGCACCGCUGCCCGUGUGGCUUGGGUGGCAGCUCCCCGGUUACGUGCACCGUAUGCACGACAUGUUCCUCUUCUUCUCGAGUCACGUCGCCGCACCGGCGUCGGCGCUGGUGGUGGCGGUAUGUCGCAUGAGCUACGAGGCCGCGUCCGCGCUGGGGCAACAGUGCGGGGUUUGGCUGGUGCAGAUGGCGCCAUACGUGAAGUAUGGGGCGGAGCAAGUUGCUGUCUUUGCGGGAGGGGCUCUGUGCGGCUCCUCUGCACGACGAGAGGCGCUGAUUGGCGCAGAGGAAGGCGCUGUCGAUGCGCGGAGGGCCGUGCUGCUCGCUAUGGCGACUCCGUCGUCGGGGUGUGCCGCUUUUGCGCGCGCGCACGCGACGCGUUCAGCCUUCCGCGCCGGCGCGCAAACGCGUAUGUCCGUCGUCGCCGCCGUGUCUGCCGCCGUGGACGGCCUCGACCUGGUGCCGGGUGUGUGGUCCGUGUAUGCUUGGGCGUGGAGGGCGGAGUACCGCGUCACGCUAUGGAUCGUUGCGGCGCUACAGAAGGCCUUUUGUAUCACGUUGUGUGUAACGCUGCAGUCGAUUGCCCGAUUGUUGAUCAUUGCCGCAGAAGACUGGGCGGCUCUGGCGCCCAAGCUCGUCGUUUUACUGCGCUGUCUGGGGCGAGGUAUCUCUCAGCUCCGCAUCUUAACCUACUUUGCACGCUGCUGCACUUUCAUGUGGGCGCUGGAGAAGCGUGUAUGGCACUACGAGUGGGCCGCGCUCCAGCUAGUACUGACCUUUCUCGCAGUCCAGUGCGAGACGGUGGCUUGUGUAUUCGCCAAGCACGCUGUCGUGUGUGUUGGCUGGGCGAACAGUCUAGUGCGACACUACAACGCCACUUCCUUUUCUAUUCACAUAGCUGUAACCUUCCUUCAGACGGCGCUUCUGGGGAUCGCGAUGCGCAACGAGCUGCACACGUUUGUUGUGGCAGAGCAGCAGCAAGCGCCGGCCCGCAACUUGUUUUCUCGCUACAUGCCAAGCAGCUUGGCAACGUGGCUGCCGCCGAGCUCCUUUGCGAAUCAUGUCAACGGACUCUGGAUGCUGGUGCGUGCCCACCUCGCUGAGUGUGUGCGGUAUUUCCUGCUGCAUGCAGUUGCGGCUUUGGUGCUAAUCGGCCUGUCGGUGCUGCCCUUCGCCAGCAAGCUGUAUGCCCUCUCUCUUCGCUACCUGUUCCCUUGGCUGUCGUGUCAGUACUUCCUCACCUUCUUCUCGCCCGAUCUACCGGCGGUGCGACGCGUCGCGGUGUACUUUGUCGGUCGCAUGGCAGUGGCAACGGUGCUGCAGGACACCAUCGGUGAUUUCGUUUACCGUGUGCUGAAAGACUUAGUGGUAGCCGUGGGGCUAACCGGUGGUCUUGCGCUGCUGCUGUGGGGCUGGCCGCAGCGCGCGACGCUGGCAAAGGUGGCGACGGCCAUCACGGACAGCCUUCAGAAUACCCCAAUCCCGCCGCGUGUGAGCGUGACAGCGGCUGCCGACUGCAGCGACGCAGAGUCGAGGGCCGAAGAGGAAGCCGCGGAAGAUGAGAAAGCACGGCAGCGGGACGUCUCUGUAGCAAAGCGGAUCGACCUCUCCGACGCCGCUUGA